AUGGAUAGCAUUGAAAAAGUUAUUGACGAAAAAAAUGAACUCUGGAAAGCACUCCAGGAUGUUCAAGAACUACUAGAGAGGACUAAAAAUGAGAAAGAGCAAGUCACAAAAUUAUUCGCUGAUUUCAAAUAGCAUUUCGAAGUUAUAAAAACACAGUGCUCUUAGUAUCACAAUAGACUUGUGGAAGAAAUCACAUCUAAAAAGGAAAUUUAAAAUAUUUAUGAGCAAAGACUUCAAGAUCUCAGAAAAUCAAUUGAAGUAAAGUAAAGAGAAAUAGACUAGAUCAGCUAAAAAAUGGUGCUACCAAUUGAUACAGAUAUCCUGAGAAUGAGAAUUCAAAAGGAUUUGGAGAGUAAAUUUAGAAUAGAGCUAGAAACAAGAGCUCUAGAACUAGAGAGAAUGACAGACGCAUUUUAUGAAUGCAAAAGGCAUAUGGAAAUCUUUAAAACUUCACUUGAAAACCAAAAAUUUGAAUCAGAAAAAAUACUGUAGGAAAUGAGGGAGAAACAUAAAAAUGAAUUGACUGAGAUUUAUGAAGAAAAUUAAUCACUUUAAAUAAAGUUGGAAGAAUAGAGAGAUAGAGAAACUAUUCGAUAGAUAAGGCGAGAACUAGAUGAAUUUAGAAAGAGAGCAAGUGACUAAUCAUUGGAAAUCAAUGAACUUAGAAAAGAAAGAGAUGCUCUUAAACUCGAAAGAAAUGAUAUGAUUAUCAAAUAAGCAAAAGAACUAGAAGAUGAAAGAAAUACCAGAAGAACCCUUAAUACUGACAAUGAUAAGCUGAAGUUCAGAGUCAGAUGUUUGGAAGAUGAUCUGUAAAAAUAAUGCUUAAAAUCAGAAAAGAAAACUUAAGAGCUUAACCAAACUAGUAAUGAGAAAACCUCACUGCUAGGAUUAAUGAAGGAAAAAGAGAUCUAAAUGGAUUCAAUGAAUAGAUAGAUGAACGAGUUGAGAGAAGAAUUGCAUUAAAGAGAGUUAGAUCUUGAUAUGUACCUGAGGAGACAGACUGACGAGGAAAGAGAUAAAGGCAUCAUGGAAAGGAAAGAGAAAUCUAAACUCUAAAGAGAGCUUGAAAUCCUUGAAAAGAAUUAUACUGAGUUAGAAUAGCAAAGAAAAGCAGAUAUUUACGCUAUUCAGGAUGACUACGAAAAACUGUAAAAAUAACAUAGAGUAAUGACUGAGGAAAGAAACAUUUACUUGCAGAAAGUCUAGCAAGUACAAACUGAAUUCGAUGAUAUGAGAAAAACAUUCGAUUAGAAGAAUGACGAGUUUGACAUGAUUGAAAGAGAAUAUAAAAAGCUUCAGGAAAGACACAGAGAGACAAUGAAUAAUGAGUUUAAUCUUCAAACUGCCAAGGAUCAUUUAGAAAUGUCAGUGAGAGUGUCGCAAGAGGAAUUGCAAAAAGUUAAUCAGGAAUUCGAAGAAAGUGUUUACAGAUGGAAGUAGGAAAGAGGAGAGCUUCUUAAUAAGCUUCAAGAGUUCUAAUCUGUCAUUUCAAGAGCGAGAGAUGAAAGUGCCAAAAGCAAACUGCACUCAAAGCAGUAUAAGGAUAAACUUAGACUAGCUAAUAACACUAUUAGAGCUUUGAGCUAAAAGGUUGCUUAAUAUGAAUUAGAGAGAUAGGCUGAAAGAGAUAUUGAUGAUAUUAGAGUGGGUAGCUAGCAAUUAAUGGAAAAUGGUUUGAUGGGAAGAGAUUCUCACAAUAGUAAUAGAGGGUCAGAUGUAGAUUUUAAGGAAGUCAUUUAAAGAAUACUGCAUGAUGAUCAGUUGAAGCAAGAAAUGCGCAAGAUCCUCAACUAAUGA